UCCAAUCCACAGAACAUUUGGCAACCGUAGUAAAGGAUCAGAAAGCAGUCAGUGAACCGAUCGGCGCGUUGGCAGUCGAGCGCGUGUGCUGCUUCUACAGCAAAAAUUUUUAGCGGACAAUUUGAAAUUUCUCAAAAAUAAACAUGGGCCGUGCUAGGAGAAAUGACUCUUUGCCCAUCGACUCUAGUCAGAUGAAUUUGUCUCUGAAUGGUUGUGGAUAUUUAGGCAUAUACCACGUGGGAGUUUGCAGCUGUAUUAGGAAAUAUUACCCCCAGUCCCUAAGGAAUAAAAUUUCUGGUGGGUCCGUUGGAGCUUUGGUGGCAUGUGCUUUUAUGUGUGAUGUUCCGUUAGAUAUUUGUGCCAAAGCUGUAUUCGAUGUUUCAAUGAAAGUCAGAAACGGAGUCCUCGGCCCCAUGUCACCAGAUCUGAAUAUCAUGAAAGUUCUGUACGAUAAAAUGGACUGGAUGCUACCUCAAGACGCUCACCUCCACUGUGACGGAAGGCUGUACGUAUCUGUAACACGUUACGACAACGGCAAGAAUGUUCUGCUCAACAGGUUCAAGACAAGAGAAGAGUUACUUCAGGCUUUGAUGUGUAGUUGCUUUAUUCCUAUUUAUUGUGGUUACGAACCUCCAGAAUUCUACGGAGUGGCAUAUGUUGAUGCUGCCCUUAGCAACAAUUCCCCUUGGAUCAAUCAGUACACAGUGUCCGUUGCUCCAUUUUCUGGGAAUUCCGACAUAUGUCCAGAAAAUGAUGGACUGUUUCUGAAGUCUUUGACCUUAAGCAAUACUAGUAUUGGACUGACGGCCAGUAACAUGUUCAUGCUGCUUCGAGUCCUCUUCCCUGCCUCGCCUGAUAUCCAGAAAGAUAUCUGCGAAAGAGGCUACAACGAUGCGCUUCGCUUCCUACGAGACAACGAUUUGCUGCCCUGUUCCAACUGCAUUGCAACGAACAUAAAUUUGGGACAUAUCAAUUGUCAACUACCAGAAGAUGAGGUGCCGCCUGAGCUAUUUCUUGAAAUUGAAAAGGCAAUUUUGGAUUACAAAAAGAACCUCGGCUACAAGAUCAUGCAGUAUCGCUCUAUGAAGAUGCUCUAUUAUUUGAAUUGGCCUAAUAUAAUGACGGCAAAAGUUGGUUAUGUCCUGAUAUCUUCAAUCUUGCAAGCAGUGCAGGGCAGAGCAAAUUUCUCGGUAGAUGGCAUCUGGAAUGUCUUCUUGAAGCUCCUUAGAAGAGGAUAUUACGGCUGUCGCGAUCUUCAAAGUAACGCAAACUCUGGAAGCCUGGAAACCAUUAACUACACAUCUCGUGUGACUUCUAAAUCCAUUUCUGCAAAUGACAGUGACUAUAGUUCUGGUCCUCCAAGUGGUGAUGAGACAAUGAGUGGCUCGAAUACACCAGAGGAAUCUAGUGAAGAUGAGUCAGAUGAAUCUAGUGAAGGUUGUCCAGAAGAAUCUUCUUUAAAUGGCCGUGAAGAAGACAAUGAAAACAGUUCAAAGCAAUCUGAAGACAGAUUGGACAAAGGCUACGACUGUUACGGCAUUGGAAAUACAAUAUUUAAUAUGCAUCAGAACUGUAAUUCUGUUUUAAUGGACUAUAAUUCUUUUCAUAAGUUGACUGUACAAAAUUAAAUGUUGUAAAUAAUCCUAAAUUUGUUUUUACAUCACUAGUCUUUUAUUGAGUUUGUUAUAUUUAAAAUAUUGAUGUUGCAAUUUUUUAAACGGACGAACGAUUUGCUUUCUUUGUUAGAUACUGUUUGCCAUGAAUUGUUUUGGAGCCAUAAGUAUAAAUUAUGAAUUGCAUUUUCCGAAAAUUUUGUUUACUGGUCGUUACCCUUUUUCCAGUUGAGAUCUCAAAAUUGGUACAAAGUUUUUGGUUUGCCUUUAAAAGAGAUUCUUUCUCUUUAAGUAGUUUAGAAGUCGUCGGUCGGCAAAAUAAUUCUUAACAUUAGUACGAAUGUUUAAAAAACACACAUGACAAUAAACUCUUUUUCAUCUUGCAAGAGUUGGCGAGCAAUAUACAACUCAGGUAAUCUAUAUUUUAGAACUUUUAUUUCCUUUUCUCAGCCUCGGAAUAUUACCAAUUAUUGGUACAAUCAUGAGAUUCUCUUUGAAAGCCUUUCUCAGUUUCAAAGUAUAACCAUUCAUUGGUAAUAUUUUGGAAUCCUUUCUCACUCUCAAAAUAUUACCAUUCAUGAGAUCUAUUGUCUCUGGAAGUUUUUCUCAGCCUCAGAAUAUUUCCAAUUGUUGGGGCAAUCAUGAGGAUUCUUCUUAAAGGCCUUUCUUAAUCUCGAAAUAUAACCAUUCUUUAGUAACAUUUUGGAAUUCUUUCUCAGUCUCAAAAUGUUGCCAUUCAUGAUAUCUAUUCUCCCUGGCAGCCUUUAUCUGCCUCAAAAUAUUGCCACUGAUUGAGGCAAUCUUGAAACAUAACCCGUCUUUAGAAGUAAUAUUCCCAUAAGUGCAAAAAUGAGUUUUCAUACAAGCUCCGGGAUAAUUUUGUAUUGUCUAUAGUGUCAAGUUACUUUUGUUGUUGCCAUUUUUAUAUUCAUAUCUGUACAUUUUUGACUAAAGGUAUCAAACCUGAUGCCUGCCAUUUUGUGCAUCAACUUUAAUAUACUUACAGAAGUGGCCUGCAUUUUACUAUGAUUAUUGUGAUUCUUUAUAAUGUGUUUUAAAAACCAUUGUGAAAAAUAGAUGGUUUUUAAAAAUUGUUAUUUAUGAGAUAUUGCUUAUUGUUUAAGAUUUAUAAAAAUUGAUAUUUCAGAAACAUUUUAUAUAAAAAUAUUUAUAUAAAAAAUUCUACAUAAGCAUAUCUUGUGAUGUUUAUUCCGUUUUGUGUUUUCGUAUGUUUUCUGAAAUAAAGCAUGGCUGUGCCACUUUAUGAUGUUGUUGAUU